GUUCAGUGAGAGUGCCGUGAUCCUUUUACCGAUCUACCGUGAAAGUCAACGAUGAAGUGUCCGCAGCUGCUCGCGCUGGCCUGUUGCCUGGCCCUGGCCGAAGCAUCGCAGGCGGCGGAGUCGGCUGAGCAGGACCUGCUGUCGCGAGCGUCGGCGCAGCUGGAGCGUUUGGCGCCGUACCGUAGGUCGUCCAGCGAAGGCGCGUCCACCGACCAAUGGCAGUCGCUCGAGCCGGCGAGGGCUCCGGAGAACGCGAACCUGGACGAGCGUCGCGUGGCUCUGGAGAUCUACCGAGUCCUGCCGGAGGACCUGCAGGAGGACAUCGUCAGGAGGGGUCAAGUGGCGGUGAUGGAGUUGCUGGCCGACCCGAAAUACAUGGCGCUGAUCGAGCACAAGCCGCCGGAAGCUGACCACGGGACCAAGCGCGACGGCUACACUUACUCGGAGUACGAGGGACCACCGGAAGCGGAGCAUCCGCCCGAGGGAUACGGAGGAUACGCGCACGAGCAUUACGGCGGAGAGUACUACGGGGACCAGCCUGCCGGAUCCGACUCAGGAGGGAUCAUCAAAGGAUCUACCAGUCUGAUCAGCGGCAUAGCGAAAGGAUUGAUCGGCGGGCUCGUCAGCGCGUCCGGCAGCGCGUCGAAGGGAUCGUCGUCGGUGUCCGCGACCAGCUCCGCUCAAGCAUCCUCGUCGAGCUCGUCCUCAUCGACCGAGCAGAAAAGACCGGCGUACGGACACUACGGACACUACGGACCCGCUUACCCGUACGGGCAUAAGGAGUUCGACGUUUGGGACUUCAAAAAGGCAAUCAUUAGCACAUUAAUGCAGGCGGUAAAAGCCAUAAGUGGCGGUGUGAUUGCUUUGAAAGGUCAGCUUAUCAAGGGGAGCGGUUACCUCGUUUCGACGAAGGGCAAAAUUAUUUCGUCGACGGGCGACGCGAUCACGUCUUUGGGACGUAAUAUCGCGAAGAACGCUGUGCACCCACCGGAACCAUCGCACACUAGUUAUGCUUACGAACAUCCUCCAGAAGGUGGUCACGAGGAAAGCUAUGACGGACCUCCGCCUUCUAUCGAGGAGUACAGCGAGCCAACCGAUGGUUACCACGCAAAUUCGAAUUACGAAUCGUCAUCGGACGUCGGCGAGCACGCGGGCCUGCUGAUCGCGAAGCCGACGGAGCCGGAAAACCACGACGAGCACGAGGACUUGCAUCCCCGCAAGCCUGCGCCGCACGAAGACAAGUACCACGGCCCUCCGCCGGAGCUGACCGAGAACACCGUCUCGGGGAACACGCACGGUUUCCCAGGUCCCGGUCAACCGGAGCACCCGGUGGAGUCGCCGCAUCCCCCGUCCAGCUACGAAGUUCCUCUCCACCAUCGCCCUUUUGACGACGCUAAGAAGGGCCACGAGUACUUGGCGUAUCCUCCGUUGGCCGCCGGCCUGCCCGUCGGCGGCCACAACGCGCUGUCGAUCCAGCAGAGCGUCGAGUACCCGCCGGUGCACAUUCGGUACACGCUGCCUAUCAAAGGCAACUUGAAGCUACCGGUCGACACCUCCGGCAACGACCUGUCCGUGUACGGCAGCGUGUCGAUCGACACGGAGCCCGAGAUCGAGCCAACGAAAGUGCACACCGUGAAUCCGCUGAACGGACUAGAAUUGCCGAAACUCCAGCCUCAUGGGAAUUUCCAUGGCCUGCCGCCCUUGCUUCCGGGUGCUUACGCCCCUGCCACGCAGGAACCGCUGAAGAUUCCGCUGCUGAACCCCUACGCGCCGGCUUAUUGGCAAGGUCACGGGUUCUUGCAACCGUACGCUGGGUUUGACAUGUACGGUCUGUACAGGAGACGCAACAGCGCGAACAGGAGAAGGUCCGUCAACGACGUCUUGAGACGCAUGAGACUGCCACGGGGGUAGUCUGAGAGACUGACUUGCGGACUCAGUGACCUAUACUACGCGACCAACCCCCGCGCGAGCGGGUUCAGAAAGCAGAGCGUAAUUCGACA